UGGACCUCCAUAAAUACAACCGACCUCUCCAAAGACAUCAGCUUUAAAUCCUUCUAUCGAUCACCGAUCUGAGACAUUCCCCUCCACCGACGCAAGCCACCAAGAAAAGAAAAAGAAAAAGGAAAAAUUAAAAUGUCCGCCAAAAAGGAAUUCAUCUGUCUCGUCCCCGACAAGCCAGACGCGCUGCAAAAGCGUCUGGAAGUCCGCGAUCAACACCUCGAAAACGUAAAGCCUCUUGUCGAGAAGGGCUCGAUCGUCUGCGGUGGUGGAACGUUGAAUUCUCACCCCGUGUCGGGCGAGACCCCUCCCUUUAAUGGGAGCGCUUUGAUUGUUGUCGCAGAGAAUGAGGCCGAGGUUAGGGAGUUGAUCAGUCAAGAUAUUUAUACGCACAGUGGUGUGUGGGAUGUGGAGAAGGCGCAGAUUAUUCCGGUAUGUUGAUGAUCC